AUGUAUAAAUCACUAACCCCUGCAGCAGCAGCAGCAGCAGCAGCAGCAGCAGCACAGCAGGAGCAGCAGCAUAGCAGCAGCAGCAGCACAGCAGCAGCAGCACAGGGAGAAAUAGCACAAACAAUAGUAGUAGCAGUCCACGCAGCAGCAGCACAUGCAAGAGCAGCACAUGCAGCAGCAGCACUUGAAGCAGCAGCAGGACACACAACAACAGCACAUGCAGCAGCAGCAGCAGCAACCGAAGCAGCGGCAGGACACGCAACAACAGCACAAGCAGCAGCAGCAGCAGCAGCACAUGCAGCAGCAGCAGCAGCACAUGCAGCAGCAGCAGCAGAACCGAAGCAAAAUGCGACAAACAAACUGA